CCUAAGGAACUAAAAUCAUAGACAUUCAAAUACGGAGGCUUCAGAUCAGGAAGAAAGCACUCAACCCAUCUUAGAAAGUGAUCAGUUCCUCAAAACUGUGAGUUUUGAGUCACAUUGUUUCUUUAAAUAGGUUUACUCUUCCUGUGUCUACAGUGAUGUUGAAAAUAGAUGAAAUAACAGUCUCAUCUACACUCUGCACAAGAAGUUCAUCUUCCAGGUCCCGGGUUUCUCUUUCCCAGGGCUCAGAAUCCUUCCAGGGCCGCCCCGGAGCGCCUGGGAGAGGAGUCGCGGGCAAAAGCCUCUGAGCCUGGGAACGAGUGCUGCCUCUGCUCCUCAGCAAGAGCCCCAGCGCGGAGACCUGAAAAGAUGGUGCUAGAUCUUCUGGGAUAUUUUCCUCUCCUGCUAUUGUUGCUGGGACUAUGGAGGCCAACGUGUCCACUUUGUGCUUGGCCUCAGUCUCUCACCAAGGCUCACUGGUUUGAAAUUCAGCAUAUACAGUCAAGCGCUCUCCAGUGCAGCAAGGCAAUGCGUGGUGUCAAUAAUUAUACUCAGCACUGUAAACCUCAAAAUACCUUUCUGCAUGCCUCCUUCCAGCAUGUGGCUGCCGUCUGUGAUCUGCCCAACACUGUCUGCAGGAAUGGCCGGAACAACUGUCACCGGAGUCUGAAGUCGGUUAACAUGACUCAGUGCAGUCUCACUGCAGGGAAGUAUCCCGACUGUCGCUACAAAGGUGCUGCCCAAUACAAGCUCUUCAUUGUUGCCUGUGAGCCCCCUGAAAAAGGCGACCCUCCCUAUGGGUUGGUUCCAGUACACUUAGAUGAGACUCUUUAGAGUUUCCCUCGCUUGCCCUUCACUGGCCAUAGGUUCUCUUUCUUUUGUUGAUUUCCCUGAUUCCCAUAGAAGAAAGAAGGAAGGUGGAAGAAUUAGAGUUCUGAGGAUACCAGACCAGCACUGGGACAAAAAGAAAGAGGAUUCUUUUCUGCUUUGGAGUUCUGUGUGUUUUGAAGGAAGGCAAGAGGAAGAAGGAAAUGAAGAGUGCAGGCCUCCAAUAUGUUUAAUCUAAGAACAUAUGCCAAGCUUUGCUUGCCUUGUGAUGACAGCAAUAAAAUCCCUUUC